GACGAACAUUUAUAACAAUUUUCAACACAUCUCAGAUUGCUCCUAUUCUAAAUAAACCUUUCUUCCCAGACUUUUUCGAGUUACCUUCUCCGAUUUUCAUUGGUAUGGUUCAGUUUUCCAAACUUGAUGCAUCAUGGGUUUGAUUUGGAUUCUUUACAUGUGACCGGAGCAACGACGUAGCCCUGAAUAUACCGGACGGUUGACCGUUGGAGAUUGCCAUGUAACUUGGACAAGAGAAAGAGGCGGAAGAAGGAGGCUGUCGUGGUGAAUGAUCUUUGAUGGGGUCUAAUGGUGGCGGCGUCUGGCUCUUCAUCUUCGUAGUCUUCUUCUCUUCGUCUUUAUCCUCAGUCGUCUAUUGCUCCGGCGACUACGAUCCCAUCGCUUUAGACGCUUUGAUUCGUCUUUAUGUUAAUCAGACAUUGUCAAUGCACCGAAAAGGCACUCUCUACAGCGUUCCCCUGCCUUCGAAUUUCUCCGGUGUGAACGCCUCCGCUCUCUGGCUGAGCAGCCGCGGUUUCCGGAGAAAGGGAGCCAAUAUCGGUUUUGUGACCAUCCCGCCGGCGGUUAGAACGGCGCCUUCCGUGAAGAGGAUCGCCGUGGUGUAUCAGAAUUUGGGUAACUUGUCCUCCAAGUACUAUCAAAUAUCUGGAUACAACCUUGUUGCGCCGGUCAUCGGAUUCAAAGCCUACGACGCUUCUAAUAUAAUCUCAUUCGGCGAUCAAGAGCUCGCCUUCAAAGUAACCGCCGACCCUAUUUCAAUCCAUUUCCCCGGCGCAGCGGAAGCCCAAAACAGAACGCUUCAAUGCGUUAAAUUCGGCAAUAAUGGAUCGGUGCAGUACGUGGGAAACAUGACGCAGCCGAACGUGUGCACAACCAAGGAGACAGGGCAUUAUUCACUAGUCAUUGUUUCUUCUCCACCAGUCAUUGUUUCUUCUCCACCAACGGCUUCACCGGAGAAGAAAGGGAGGCUUUGGAGGUGGUGGGUGAUUUGGUUCCCAGUUGGGUUUAUUGGGUUGGUUUCGUUGAUUCUGGUCGGAGUAUUGGUCGUAAAAUUGGUGAGGCGGUGGAGAAUCAGAAAAAUGGAGAAGGAAUCGGAAAAAGAGGAACCUGCCCUUAUGGAGCUUCUGAAUUUUAUGUACAGCAAUAGCUUAUCUGUCACUACAGCUCCAGCUUUGCUAGAUGUGCUGAUGGCUGCAGACAAAUUUGAGGUUGCUUCAUGCAUGAGAUAUUGCAGCCGGCUGUUGCGGAAUCUGCCUAUGACACCUGAAUCUGCUUUGCUUUAUUUGGAUCUUCCCUCCAGUGUGUUAAUGGCAGAAGCAGUCCAGCCAUUGACUGAUGCAGCUAGGCAGUACCUUGCAGUCCGUUAUAAGGACAUAACCAAGUUCCAAGAUGAGGUGAUGGCAUUACCACUGGCUGGCAUUGAGGCAAUAUUAGCCAGUGAUGAUCUCCAAAUUGCAUCAGAAGAUGCUGUGUAUGACUUUGUCUUGAAGUGGGCCAGAGCCCAAUAUCCAAAACUGGAAGAGCGACGGGAAGUGCUAGGUUUACGCCUUGCACGCUUCAUUCGUUUCCCAUAUAUGACCUGCCGAAAGCUUAAGAAGGUUUUAAUCUGUAAUGAUUUUGAUCAUGAAGCUGCAUCAAAGCUUGUGCUAGAGGCCCUCUUUUUCAAGGCUGAAGCUCCUCAUAGGCAAAGAAGCUUGGCAGCAGAAGAGUCUGCCACCCUGAACCACCGUUUUAUGGAGCGAGCCUACAAGUAUAGGCCUGUUAAGGUGGUGGAGUUUGAACUUCCUCACCAGCAGUGUGUUGUGUACCUCGACUUGAAGAGAGAGGAGUGCGCAAAUCUGUUCCCUUCAGGAAGAGUAUACUCUCAAGCAUUCCACUUGGGCGGACAAGGUUUCUUCCUAUCAGCACAUUGCAACAUGGACCAGCAAAGCUCAUUCCAUUGCUUCGGGUUGUUCCUGGGAAUGCAGGAAAAAGGUUCAGUGAGUUUUGCAGUGGACUAUGAAUUUGCAGCAAGGUUAAAGCCGACAGAGGAGUUUGUCAGCAAAUACAAAGGCAACUACACAUUCACCGGCGGCAAGGCAGUCGGCUAUAGGAACUUAUUUGCUAUACCUUGGACUUCUUUCAUGGCUGAAGACAGUAUUUACUUCAUAAAUGGUAUUCUCCAUCUUAGGGCCGAACUAACCAUCAAGCACUAACAUCUUCAUCCCUUCAAAUUGGAGCUAUCUUUUUUUAUUUAGCUUAGUUGCACUGACCUCUCACCUCUUAAUCAUGAGGGAAACCGGAUGUUUAUGAAAUUGUAGAACAUUUUGUCCUUGUUUCCUUUAUCACCGAGUUUGAUAUAUGAAACAACGCAAUGAGCACAUCCAUUAUCAAUAAAAAAUAAAAAUCUGAAGUCUUU